AUGCUUAUAUCUACCUGGCUUUUGAUGGCCAUUUCAUCCGCAUCGACCCUCCCAAAAUGGAUUGCCGAGGACAGCUAUAUUCUCAAUCAGAUAGACGAAGAUAAGAUAGAGAUAGAUAACAUACUAAAGUCUCCCACCCACUUCAAAGACUUGCCACCGAUCCUUAAGCUGCCUAAGAGCCACGAGAAGACUCUAAAAGAGGGGGAGAUACCGCAAUAUGUGAUCGAUUAUGCCCCUUUUGUACAUCUCUACUCAGAGGAGAGGUACUUGCCCUACGAUAUCAAGGAGUAUGUCACCCAUUUCCACGCUACUCACAAGAACGGUACAAUUAUUCCCGGUACCGAUAAUGGCAGGCUAAACAUCACAUCGUUAAGUAAACUUCCGAAGCGCCCGGCCGUUUAUCUCACGGCAGACGAGGACUUCGAUACUGACCCUGACUGGAUCACGGGUGUAAAGAACAAGCCAAACUUGGUGAAUGGCGAAAUCAAGGAUGCACCAGCCACUUUGAUCAUUGUGGACAAAGGAAAUGGCUGGGUGGAUGCAUUCUGGUUUUAUUUCUACUCGUUCAACCUUGGCCCAUUCGUUAUGGGGCUGGGCCCUUACGGAAACCAUGUGGGUGACUGGGAACAUUCAUUGGUAAGAUUUUACAAGGGCAAGCCCGUGAUAGUUUGGAUGUCGGCUCACGGCGGAGGUGGCGCCUACUACUACAAGCACCUUGAGAAGUAUGAGCUCGACCCGAAGCACCCCAUCAUAUUCUCAGCCAGAGGCACUCAUGCAAACUACGUCUCAGUAGGUACUCAUCCUCACGAUUUGCCAUACGAAAUCUUGUGUGAUUUUACUGACAGAGGUCCAUUGUGGAAUCCUACCAAGAAUUACUUGGCCUACUCGUACGAUGGCAAAUUCGUUUACCCCGCCGAAUACAACACCAACGCUAAGCAUCGGGGUAGAGAGGCUACUUACGGUGAUUGGUUGACCUUUACAGGCCACUGGGGCGACAAGAAACUCGCGAACGACGACCCAAGGCAAAGCCAUUCUCUCAUCGGAGGUUUCAAGUAUAUCGAUGGACCCAAGGGCCCAUUGAAGAAAAACUUAUUGCGUAUCAUUCCAUGUGAGAGACACAAAUGGUGGAAUUUCUGGAAUGGUUGCAACGUGAGAGAGAACAUCAAAUGGGGAAUCGGUGUGGAGAGUGAAGGUUAUAAUUGUGGCAAUAUGUUUGUCAACACGAGGCCUAGGUGGCUCAAAAAGAUUUUGCAACAAGUAACAUGGGGCGGUGGAUUUUGCUUUUUUGUGGAUUUGAUUUACGGAUAG